GGACAGCGACUUCGCUACAAGUUGCUACAACGGUACUUUGGACCGCAUGGAAAUCUACAACGACAGAAAAUGCUUGGCGAUUCGCGAGAUGGAACUCAAUCGACUGAACAUUUGGAAAAGGAGUUUGGAAUAAGGAUUGACGAGCGCUCGUUGUACGAGAUUCAAUGCCGCCUUAAUGAUGCCGGCGCGUCCGAUCUCGUAAUCGACAUCGUCACCAACGAACCGAGUCGAGAGAUAUUCCUCAAAGCCAUACAACUUGCUAAGGCUCUGCUUCUCGAAGGCAAUGACAAGGUGCAACAAUCGUUCUACACUCGUCUGAAGAAAAAAGACGCACACGAGCUAUUUUUCAAGGCAAUUUCGCAGCGUAUUCUGACAGCGCAAAAUCGCCUAAAGAGCGAUAUGAUGUCAUGCAAUGAAAACAAACCGAGAGGAGCAUCAACAGCGAUAACUCCGAUAUCACUGGACCAUGCAGUCAAUCCGUUAUUUAAUCCGACUAACGUCCGACAUUCAUCGCUUUCUGAAAUCUCACAACAGUCACAUGAAUUGACGACGUCCAGUUUACCCGAUCUCUCCCCAUAUCAGGAUGAAGAUCGUAUAAACGAUGCGCUUCCGGCUGAGGUUGCAAUUGUGGAGCCAAUCUUUCGAGUGUUGCAACUCUUAUGUGAAAAUCACAACAAUCUUCUACAGAACUUCAUACGAAAGCAGUCUGAUCGCACAAAUCACAACUUGGUCGCCGACACACUUAGUUUUCUCGAUACUGUGUGUGGAUCAACGAAAGGAAGCCUUGGUGUGUUCGGCGAAGUUGGUGAGCACAAUUUCAGCCUUAUUACUCAGACUCUCGCCACCCUCACCGAGUUUUGUCAGGGACCUUGUCAUGAGAAUCAGAACACGAUGGCCAUGCAGGAGAACGGGCUUAAUAUAAUCAUCUCAUUGGUGCUUAACGAUAUCAAACCACUAGCUGAUGAUCAUAUGGAGUUGGCAUUAGAGAUUAAGAGCCAAGCAUCGAAACUUCUAUUGGCGAUUAUGGAGUCGAGGCAUGACAGUGAGAAUGCCGAACGUGUACUGCAGAACAUGGACAAUACGGAUGGCGGACCAAGUCAGUUGGUACAUGCUCUUACGCAAGCGUACGAAAUGGCUCACUCAAAGCAAUAUGAGAUUAGUGUGAUGCGACGUGAUCUUUUGGAACGAUCCAAACUUCAGAAUGGGCCAACCAGUAUUGUAAGCCCAUCAAUGAAAGCUGAUGGAGGUACAAUGCGUUUGACCUUGCCGGAAAUAUCUGUUGACUCGUCGGGUGCCGUUUCUAUCCACGAUGACGUUAAAUUAAAUCUGAAAUAUGUCUCAGAGCAGGCAUCAACAGUAAAUCCCAAAGAGGUCGGUCACAACAUAUACAUUCUUGCUCAUCAGCUGGCUGGACAUAGCCCAGAAUUGGCUCGAUGCCUAGAUCCGGAUGACGCGAGCAAAUCACCACAGACGAGAAACGCUCUGAACUUUUACAAAAAACACACUGCUCAAAUCGAAGGCUCAAAAGUGACCGAGUUUUUUGACCACUGGCCAGCGCUUUAUCAAGAAAUGAAAUGGCAACGAAAAUUACAAGAUCGACCGUAUCUUUCGGCAUGCACUAAACGUCUGCGACUGUGGGGUCGUCUAGCCUUUCUAUUCGCUGUAUUAGUCAAUGUUAUCAUAGCUCUUUACUAUCCUUUCGAUAGUGUUGAUAGUAAGAGUUCCGUUUUAUUGAAAAAAUACUUUUUUAGCUUUUUAUUUAUUUGUUUUCCAGCGGGUCUUCAUGCUUCUAAUCCUUUCAUCUACACAUCUUCUGUUAUUUCCAUAAUAUUUUUAUAUUCGCAAUGGGAUGAGAGGGCGUUGUCGUCGAUGUGUUCAACAUUUUGGCAGGGCUCCUGGAUCAAGCUCUUAAGAAUAGUGAGACAUUUUAGCUCUUCCCUGGCGAAGAGUUCGAACAUAAUUACGGCAAUAGCAGUGGUGAUGUUCAGUGCAGCUUUAAUGCUGAUAUCUUUACUAGGAGUCGUGCCAGCAUUGUAUAUUAUAGGUUUAGCACAACUCGUUAAUAAAUGCAUACAUUUGGUAGCGUAUGGCAGUAACAAAGGCCUGGAGGACAAGUCGUGGUCGGUGAGAUUGUCUGAUGGCGAAUUGCACUAUCACAUUGCGUAUCUAAUCGUGUGUUGUCUCGGAUUCGUAAUACAUCCUAUGCUUUACUGUAUACUGUUGUUCGACAUCGUCGCCAGUGAGGACACGUUACGGAACGUCAUCAGUUCAGUGACCAAAAAUUGGCAAUCAAUUAUUCUGACCGGUUUACUAGCACUUAUUUUGGUUUAUAUAUUCUCUAUUAUUGGAUAUACAUUUUUUCAAAAGGGUACUUUUAAAAUUCUUUCUAACUUUACGCUUGAGGUUGAUCCAUUAGAGCCGGUUCAACCGCCAGCGAUAUUCACGGAAGAUCCCAAUCCUGACACUUGUUCUUCUGAUCAAGAAUGUUUGGAAUCCACGAAUGGACGAAGAAAACAUGAAGACGAUAGAACUAGAAUCGCUUCUUGUGAUACCCUACGAAUGUGCAUCAUAACAACAUUGAACUGGGGAUUACGUAAUGGUGGUGGGAUUGGCGACGUAUUAAGAAAUGCGGAUCCUGAGGAGAAACUCUUUUAUUACCGAAUCAUCUACGAUUUGUCUUUCUACGUCGUGCUUAUCGUCAUCGUUUUGAAUCUAAUUUUUGGUGUUAUCAUUGACACAUUUGGUGAUUUGAGAACGGAAAAAAAUGAUAAGGAGGACGUGCUGAAGAACAGUUGCUUCAUUUGUGGACUGGAACGUGGCAAGUAG